AAAUUGAAAAAAAUAGAUUUUUUUCAAAAAUAAUUUUUUUGCUUUUUUCAACGGGUAUGGUCCCGAAUUUCACAAAUAUUCCAAUUUUUUGUUGGCUGGCUCAAUUGCACGAAAUGCUCGGCGGGAUAUGCUCUACGUCGCCGCGAAUUAUCGAUUAUUGUACCCGAAUAUUUCAUUUGUCGCCGAAAAUCCGACGUCGAACCAUUCGAGGAAUCUUCGCCGACUCCUUCGUAAAGUUAUCGAUUUUUUUUUGAAUUUUUUGAUUAUUUUCGUAUAU